CAGCAGCAGCCGAUCACUCACGAUGCAAUGAAAGUCAACUCCGACAACAGCCGAACGGUUUUGUUAGUGUUUUGUGCAUGAGAUUGCAUAGACCUCGAAAAUUGUGUUUAAAGUAACAGAGAGGACGUGACUCGAGGAUUGACAAUCAUGGCUGGCCCUAAUCCCUAUGGCAAUCUCCUCAAGCCCAUCUCCAUCUCCGGGAAAAAUCGUCAAUACUACGACGUGGGAGCUUUCGGCGAAAAAUAUGAUCGUUUACCCUUCUCGAUAAGAGUCCUCCUCGAGAGUGCAGUGCGAAACUGCGAUGAAUUCCAGGUGAAGAAAAAAGACGUGGAGAAGAUCCUGGAAUGGGAGAGUCAUCAGGCGAAGGAGGAGAGCGUCGAGGUGGCUUUCAAACCCGCCAGGGUAAUCCUUCAGGAUUUAACUGGUGUCCCUGCUGUCGUGGAUUUCGCCGCGAUGAGGGAUUCUGUGAAAGAACUGGGCGGCAAUCCUGAUAAAAUAAAUCCCAUAUGUCCUUCUGAUUUGGUUAUCGAUCACUCCAUUCAAGUGGACUUCGUCCGCAGUGACAACGCCCUGAAAAAAAAUGAAGAAUUAGAGUUCGAGAGGAAUAAAGAACGCUUCAUGUUCCUGAAAUGGGGCGCCAAGGCCCUCCAAAAUAUGCUGAUUGUUCCUCCAGGAAGUGGAAUCGUGCAUCAAGUGAAUCUUGAGUAUUUAGCCAGAGUUGUUUUUGAUAAAGACGACCUGCUGUACCCUGAUAGUGUCGUUGGCACUGAUUCUCACACCACGAUGAUCAAUGGACUGGGAAUUCUCGGGUGGGGGGUUGGAGGAAUCGAGGCUGAAGCUGUUAUGUUGGGUCAAGCUGUGUCGAUGCUUUUGCCUAAGGUCAUUGGUUACAAACUCGUUGGGACUUUGAAUCAAUACGUCACAUCGACUGAUCUUGUGUUGACUAUUACGAAGAAUCUGAGGCAAUUGGGAGUCGUUGGAAAAUUCGUGGAGUUCUAUGGACCUGGGGUUGCUGAGUUGAGCAUUGCCGACAGAGCUACAAUCUCCAACAUGUGUCCGGAAUAUGGAGCUACUGUGGGAUUUUUCCCGGUUGAUAGACAAAGUUUGGGGUACUUGAGACAGACCGGUCGAACCGAAGAGCACAUCGAGCGCAUAGAAAAAUAUUUGGAAUGCGUUCGAAUGCUUCGUGACUACAACAAUGAAUCCCAGGACCCAAUAUUUACCGAAACUGUGACCUUGGAUCUGGGAGCAGUGGUGUCCAGUGUGAGUGGCCCCAAGAGGCCGCACGACCGUGUUUCAGUCUCCGAAAUGAAAUCAGAUUUCAACAGUUGUCUUACUAACAAGAUAGGAUUCAAGGGCUACGGUCUCACCCCGGAUAAGACAAAGGUCGAGGGUAUUUUUCAAUUCGAGGGUAAGGAUUAUAAACUACGUCACGGAUCGGUUGUCAUUGCCGCUAUCACCAGCUGUACAAACACCAGCAAUCCGAGUGUUAUGCUGGGUGCAGGUCUUCUUGCGAAGAAAGCCGUGGAAGCGGGAUUAACCGUGGCCCCCUACAUCAAGACAUCUCUCUCCCCGGGUUCUGGAGUGGUCACUUACUACCUGAAGGAAAGUGGAGUUAUCCCCCCAUUGACUCAGCUCGGCUUUGAUGUCGUGGGUUAUGGCUGCAUGACCUGCAUCGGCAACAGUGGACCACUGGAUGAUUCCAUUGUCGAUGCCAUUGAAAAGAAUGAAUUAGUUUGCUGUGGUGUUCUCUCUGGCAAUCGAAACUUCGAAGGAAGAAUUCAUCCCAGCACGAGGGCCAAUUACCUGGCAUCACCUCUCCUGGUUAUUGCAUACGCUAUUGCCGGUACUGUGGAUAUUGAUUUUGAAAAGGAGCCAUUGGGGAGGAGAAUAGACGGCCGUGAGAUUUUUCUGAAUGAUAUCUGGCCCACAAGGGCUGAAAUUCAAGCAGUGGAGCAACAGUAUGUUAUUCCAGCCAUGUUCAAGAGUGUCUACGAGAGGAUUGAACAGGGGAGCCCACGGUGGGCCAGUCUUGCUGCCCCAGAGGGACAAUUGUAUCCUUGGGAUCUUAAUUCAACUUAUAUUAAACAUCCACCUUAUUUCGAUGGACUGCAAAAGCAGUUGCCUGAAAUUAAAGCAAUACGAGGUGCACGAGUACUUUUAAAUCUUGGGGAUUCAGUGACAACUGAUCACAUCAGCCCAGCUGGAAGUAUCGCUCGUAAUUCACCAGCUGCGAGAUAUUUAGCUUCAAGAGGUCUCACACCCAAAGAAUUCAAUUCAUAUGGCGCUCGUCGUGGCAAUGAUGCCGUUAUGAUGCGAGGAACAUUUGCAAAUAUUCGUUUAGUGAAUAAAUUCGUUGGCAAACCCGGUGCAAGGACCCUCUACAUUCCCACCAACGAGGAGAUGGACAUUUAUGAUGCUGCUGAAAAAUAUGGGAGAGACAAAACACCUCUGAUAGCCCUGGUUGGUAAGGAAUAUGGCUCAGGCUCCUCUAGGGAUUGGGCAGCUAAGGGUCCUUAUCUUCUUGGAAUACGUGCAAUUAUUGCUGAAUCGUAUGAGCGCAUUCACAGGUCGAAUUUAGUUGGAAUGGGCAUUGUACCUUUGCAAUAUUUACCAGGUCAAACGGCUGAAACACUCGGACUCACUGGUUUCGAAUUAUUUGAUAUCGACAUUCCACAGAAUUGUCAACCACAUCAAAAAAUCACUGUCCACACGGACACGGGAAAAUAUUUCGAUGUGAUUGUGCGUUUCGACACUGAAGUCGAUUUGACUUAUUUCAAACAUGGUGGCAUUCUGAAUUACAUGAUUCGAUCGAUGAUUUGAGAAAACCUCUGCGGUUCACGAUGAUACGAUAAUAUUAUUUGUUUUUUUUAAAUUUUUCUAAGGGGCGAAAGAGAAAUUGCGAAAAUGGGGUGCGGCAACAUUUUUAGUAAUUUUAUUAAUUAAAUUAUUUUAACGAGAAAAAACUACUGGUGAUGAUUCAUCGGAUUUUUCAGAUCUUUGAUGUGUUUUCAAAUAGGUUUUUAACGGAAAGAGAGGAGCUGAUAUCCAACAAAUGUUUUUAAUUGAUGGGGGAUGAAAACGAAAUAAUUAUCGUGUGAUUGUAAUUGAUUUAUAAGAGAUUCAAUGAUUUAUUUGUCAGCUACAAAAUCGAUGAAUCGAGAGUUGAAAAAAAUACACGUGCGAGGCAGAAGAAAGCGGAAAUAAAAUCAUAGUCAGCAAGGUGUUUGACCUUGGAGUUGAAUCACCUCAUUCUGCCAAUGUGGCAAGUCUCCACGUCGUUAAUUGAUAUAUCAUUCAUUGUUAUAUCUAACUCCGGGUAUAAUGCAUUUUUAUCAAUUUGCGAGCGAAAAUGAGUGUUUUAUUGUUUUUUGUAAAAUUUUAAUGUUUUGUACACGUAUGGUCAUUUAAUGGCUAAGGGAUUAAGAUUAUACAGUUUAAACUAUUUUAAA